AUGAAGCCAGUUGGAGGCAGUUUGUUCUAUGGACCUCCCAAAGCAGUGACAGAAGUAAGAGCUGGAUACCUGCAUAAGUCUCCUCCUCUAAGAUUGAUGACAACAGAGAAAGCAUGGAAGAGACGUUUCUUUAUCCUGUUCAAGCUCAGUGACACAGAAUAUCAGCUCAAGUACUUCAAAAGAAGAGAGGAAAAGGACAAGCCAGCUGGAGAAAUAGACUUAUCACAGGUCUCAGUGUUGCAUGUGAGUCCGCAGCAUCAUCCAAAAUGGAACUGGAUCCAGAAAAGCUUUAAAUGCUCCCCUUCCUGUGUGCUCUUCAUCAAGUCUACGGAACGGGACUACUUCCUUGUCGGGGAGAACAGCGACGAUGUGGAUGGCUGGUUCUCUGACCUGUUUGAUGCAAUGAAAAGCCGACCUCAUAAAAUCUCCUCUUCAGGGGAGUUCCCUUAUAAGCAGGCAACGAUUGAGGGAUUCCCAAAAAUCCGGUCGAUGUCUGAUCCGUCCUCAAACGCUUUGGAGAAUGUCACUGAAAAACCCGAGAAUGUGAAUAAAGAUGGACCAACAAGUGGGAAACGACGCAACAGUGUGGAAGCAUUGGACCAUGAAGUUGAGGACGUUAAUAAAAGCACGCUGAUGAGGACUGUCACUCAGACCUUUGACAAAAUGAAGACACAGUUGUCCCCGCUGCCCCCGUUUGCUGAGGAGCCAGAUGCUGACGACAACAGUAAACGCUGGUCUACAGAUUUAAGCAGCUGCUCUAGUGACCGUGGUGCCAUGUCCCCUGUUGAACUAUUGGAUUCACCUGAUGAAAACUCCAAUGAGAGCUCUGACCACAGCACAGAAGAGCGGGAUAUUGUGGUGAACCAGGCAGACCUUAAAAAUCACCUGACCCUAACAGAGGUGGAUAGGAAGCCCAGUGUGUCUGGGUGGACGGGACAGCCACAGACCGUGUGUCUGUUCCACAAAGGCGACCAGAUUCUGGCAGUUAAUGACCUGCAGGUCAGCACUGUGGAGGAGUUCACCACGUUUAUCAGCAAGUCACUCAAGAAUGAGGUGAAAGUGACCCUCCUGCGUCAACCUGGAAACCAGCAGCUGCACCUGCCAAACUUCACCUGCACUGAUUGGCAAAAUGCUAAUUAG